GAUUUUAGGAGAUGCCGGGGUUGGAAAAACUUGUUUGUUGUGCAGGUUCACGGAUAACGAAUUUCAUUCGUCGCAUAUCUCUACUAUUGAAAUGUGCCGUUGUAUUUUGAGCAAGUUGAGUAUUUGAGCAAGAUGACACGAUUUGAAGGCCACCUCCAAAGAUGAAUUGAACGGAUAUUCAAAUGGGAUUAAAGUGCCCUCCAGAAUUAUUGGACCCCUUGGUAAUUAGUCAAAAUACCUAUGCAAAAUGUCAUUUCAGCUUGAUCUUACACUCAAAACACAAGAAGAAUCAUACUCUUUAAUUCAGCUAAGAUUGUUUAAACAAAUACUUAAGAAAUGCUUUUCUAUUCUAUGGCCGGUGUGACAUUUAGGAAUGCUUGGUAUCCUUGUCCUGCCAGAAGAUCCAAACACUACCCCAGUUUUAGGAGUAGAUUUCAAAAUGAAAACAUUAAAAAUAGAUGGCAUCAAUGUGCGAGUACAGAUAUGGGAUACUGCUGGUCAGGAACGGUACCAGACUAUUACCAAACAAUACUACAGAAGGGCACAGGGAAUUAUUCUGGUGUAUGACAUCACUAGUUCCCAUUCCUUUCAGCACAUAGUGAAGUGGGCUAGCGAUGUGGAUGAGUUUGCUCCUGACAAGGUGCAGAGAAUACUGGUGGGGAACAAGGCCGAUGAGGAACAAAGUAGAAAAGUGCCUAAAGAACAAGGGAACAAGUUAGCAAAAACCUAUGGAAUGGAAUUCUUUGAAACAAGUGCCUGCACCAACUGCAACAUCAAUGAGUCAUUCACCCGGUUGACAGAGCUUGUCCUGCGGGCUCACAAGAAGGAGUUGGAUGCCUUCCAGCCUUUCACUAAUAAAACGAAUAAGUACAUUGACAUGACUUCUCUGGAGGGAGAACGGGUUAAACCGGACAACGAUGUUAAUUCCCAAAAGGCCUGCGCAUGUUAGCGUUAGGUGGUCAACACUCUCAACCCAGGGAGGUUUGGCAAGAAGUUUUUGUUUUGCAGUGCCCUUGGCCUAGUAACAUAUUUACAUUGAGAGUACCUUUACAAAAAUGUUAGUGUGUUUACUGAAUAUUGCCCUUGCUGGUGCUCAGAUUAAUGCAUUAUCAUUUUCUGUUGUAUUUAUUGUUCAGUUUCCAUGUUCAUGUAUUAUUUCAUUUUUACAUGUUGUGUAUUGCCUUACUCACCAAGCCACACCCAAACUGACGUCACACUUGAGUUAAGUUGUGCCCAUGUAAUAGGUAAGGUGUCUGCAAUGUUGCAUUGAAAGUUAGCAACUUAGCUGCUGUUUGAUUAGUUUUUGGUGUACAUGUGUGCAUUUUAUUGCCACAGUUUUAGCUAUCAAAUAAUAAUCAGCUUUACUGUAACAACUAUAAUGAUGCUUGAUAGUAAUUUGCUAAAUUGAUUAAUUGUGGGACUAUAGUAAAAUAGUGGGACUACAGCUCUGUGGUCAUGUAUGAGGUGAGAAGAGGACAGUGGACAAAGGGUGGGCCGAGGGCAUGGUUAAAUAAUUCACAUGGAGAGAAAUACAAUCCGACACAGCAGAAAGAGCUUGCUUACCAGUGAUAUACGAACUCGUACACAAGUAAAAUGCAAAAACAAUCUAGAACAGCUAUGAAGUUUAAUCUGUUUUUAAGUUGUAAGUGCCAAUUCCUGCAGCAAAUGCCACACUGUUUCGCACACUAUUAUGAAAUGUGAUUAGGGUAAGACUGAUAGCUGAUAGGUUUGAGGAUGUUUUUCAAUCCUAUGAGUUUAUAAAAAUAACAGUACUCAUAUAUUAAACAUAUUACUCAUUGUU